UCCCCCCGCCGGAAGUGCUGGCCGUGGCGGGCGUGGGGGGGCGGGUAUUUCCGGUUCCGGGUCGGCGGCGGCGGCCGAGGAAGGGGGGGCGGCGGCGCCGUUUGUCCCCGCGGGCGGCGCGGAGCGGCGCGCGGAGCGGCGCGCGGAGGGGCCGCGGCAGGCGAAGAGCAGCAGCAGCGUUUGUCCCCGGGGGGGGCCGGGGGGGGCGCGGGAUGUCCCCCCACCCUCUGAGCAGCGUCCCAGGCACCUGCUGCGCCCCCCCCGCCCCCGCGCCGGGUGCGCCGGACCGGAGAUGGCGGCCAAGUGGCGGGCGAGCCUGCUGGCCUGCGAGGGGCUCUCGGGGGUCUGCCUGGUGCCCACCCCCGCCAGCAAGAAGAUGAUGCCCAAGGCCGGAGCCAAAGGGGACGCGCGGGACCGGGGGGGCCCCGAGCUGCUGAGCCUGCGCCAGGACCCCGACAAGCCCCGCGGCGCCCGCAAGGACGACGACCCCCCCGAGGCGCCGCAGCCCAAGAAAGCCAUUAAAAAGGUGGUGGUGAUCAAACAGAACGGCUCGUUCCAGCUGGGGAGCCCCAAAAACUUCGUGUGCGACCAUUGCUGCGGCGCCUUCCGCAGCAGCUACCACCUCAAGCGCCACAUCCUCAUCCACACCGGUGAAAAGCCCUUCGAGUGCAACGUGUGCGACAUGCGCUUCAUCCAGAAGUACCACCUGGAGCGGCACAAACGCGUGCACAGCGGCGAGAAGCCGUACCAGUGCGAGCGCUGCCUGCAGAGCUUCUCCAGGACAGACCGGCUGCUGCGGCACAAGCGCAUGUGCCAGGGCUGCCAGACCAAGAGCCCCGACGCGCAGCUGCUGCUCUAGGAGCCCCGGGACCCCCCAGCGGCUCCGGGGGGGUUUGUGUCCCCCCCCCGUCCUUCCUCUUCCUCGUCCCCCUCUCCUGGGCUGCGACCCGGGCGCACGGCCGGCGGCGCUGUAAAUAACCCGGAGCUGGAACAUCUGCCCCCCUGCCCGGAGCUGCAGCAAACUGAUCCCCGCCCCCCCGGGCGUUUUAUUGACCCCCCCCUCCCACACCCUGCUCUCAGGAAAGGCUUAAAGCCCUAAGCUGGGCUUGAAGCAGAGCUAAGCCGGGCCUAAAGCUGAGCGCACACGGGACAUUGGCAGCCCCGACGGCUCCGUGCGGGCGCUCGGCUCUGGGGGGGGCACCGGGAGGAACUGUUUCUGCUCCCCCCCCCCCGCCUGAUUUUUGAGGAAAAAAGUAGAGAAAUUAGGAAACAGCAGCGUUGGGGGGGCAGCGGCACCUCCCCCGCCCCCCCCCAGGCGCCUCCCCCGCCCCCCCCAGGCGCCUCCCCCACCCCCCCAGGUGCCUCGCCCCCCCCCCCCGCAAGGCGCCUCCCCUCCCCCGCAGGCGCUUCACGGCUUGGGGGGGUUGUUUUACUCUUCUGUGUGUUCUGGGGCCGGUGCCCCCGCUCGCUGCCCCCCCGGUUCUGGGGGGGGGAUGUGACGUGUCGGGGGGCGAGCGCCACCCAGAAACGCGCGUUUUGCUGGAAAACCGCGAUAUUGGGGGGAAACGGCUCAAGCAGCUCUGGAGCCUCAGCCCCUCCUGGGGGGUCACACACAGUCCUGGGCCCCCCAAAGCACAGACUGUUCCCACGCGGGGGGGCAAAGGGCCCCCCGGCUCGUCACUUGGGGGCCUCGUUUCUCUUGGUGCCGCCGCCAGGAGCUCCGGGGGGGUGACGCUGGGGGGGUUGUGACAUCUCCCGUGUUUUGGGGACCCCCCCCCCCCCCCCCCUCCGAAAAUGUGGGUUUGAUGCUGUGAGAAGAGCUUCAGCUCUGAGCCCCCCCCACCGAACUCGUCCCUCUGGGAUGCGGGGGGGCCAGGACGGGUUUUAGGGGGGGACACAAAAGCCCGGGGGGGUGGCCAAAAACGAGGGGAGGGGGGUUACACCAUCUGCACCCACAAAAGUGCAGCAGCUGCAUUCGGGCCCCCCAAACCAGGGAGGGGACACAGGGACCCCCAGGCCCCGGGCGGGGUGGCGCGGGGGACACCCCCUCCCCCCAGCUUCAUUUUUUGGGCUAUUUCGGUUGCUUUUGGGGUUUAAUACACUUAUUUUGCUAUAGGGGAGGGGAGUGGGGCCGGGGCGCGGCCUCGGUGGGCGGGGUCGGGGUGUGGCCAGCGGAGGGCGGGGCCCGGGAGGGCGGGGCCGGGGCGUGGUUCGGGGGCGGGGCCGGGGGGCGGGGCUGUCCCGGUGUGGGUUUCCCGCCCCCCCGCGGCCUCUCGGGUUUAUUUAAAUAAAACUCGUCGGGGUUUUUCUA